AUGUUCAUCAUAAUAAAAAUGUUUGCAACACAUCGUGACGACAAGAAACGGGUGGAAAGGGCUCUGGAAUUAUGCGGUUUACCGACCGGAAAGAAUGACACCAUUCUUACCGAUAAAAUACCAAUCAAUGUAUUCUUCACUUUCUAUCUCAAUCUCGUCGGACGGACUGAAGUGAAGAGGAUUUUCGAAAACUUG